AUUUGCUUGCGCUUGUCAUUCAUUUGCACCCCAGAGCUAGAAAUUAAGGUUUGCUGAAAAAAUUCAGUUAUUAUCAGCUGAACCAACCAAACACUGAAACUCAAACCCAUUCUCUUUCGAAAUUCAAAUCUUUCACAUUCGAAUAUUAGGGUUAGGGUUAGGUUAGGGUUAGGAUUAGGGUUAAUCGCUGUUUUGAAGAAGAUGCAGAUAAAAGAGAUAUGGAAUUGCGUUCGUUUCAAUUGCCCUUGAACAUUCCGAUUCUGUUACGCCGCUCCUUACACAACGCGAAUUUCACCAUGCAAUUUCAAUCCUCCAAUAUGUCUUCCCUCGGAUGCCGAUUCCGAUUCCGUUUCCGUUCGGCGUUCGAUCCUUAUUCAGCUGCUUCCGAAGCCUUUUCUGAACCCGCCCUUCGACUUCUCACUCUCUAGUAAUAAUCUGAAUAACCGUUCGAUUCCUCUCUGAUUUUUUUGAGGGGGAUUUUCUUGUGUAUUGACGUCGUUAUGGAUUUUGAAACUGAAUCUGAUGUUGGUGUUGUGGAGAAAGAUCCAACUUUGCGUUACGCACGAUAUGAUGAAAUGUUAGGGAAAGGAGCUUUUAAGACUGUGUAUAAAGCUUUUGAUGAAGUAGAUGGAAUAGAAGUUGCUUGGAACCGAAUUUGUAUAGAGGAUGUUAUGCAAUUACCCGAAAAUUUGGAGAAGUUGUAUUCUGAGGUUCAUCUCCUUAAGUCACUGAAACAUGAAAAUAUUAUUAAGUUGUAUAGCUCUUGGGUGGAUGAAAAGACUAGGACUAUCAACAUGAUUACUGAGUUGUUUACUUCUGGGAGUUUGCGGCAGUAUAGGAAAAAACAUAAGAAUGUGGAUAUGAAAGCUAUCAAGAACUGGGCGAGGCAGAUUCUUCGUGGCUUGUGCUUUCUGCACAGUCAUAAUCCUCCUGUUAUUCACAGGGAUCUUAAAUGCGAUAACAUUUUUGUUAACGGGAACAAUGGGCAAGUUAAGAUUGGAGAUCUCGGAUUGGCAAUUAUCAUGCAGCAACCUACUGCCCGGAGUGUUAUUGGUACUCCAGAAUUCAUGGCUCCUGAGCUUUAUGAGGAAGAAUAUAAUGAACUUGUUGACAUAUAUUCCUUUGGCAUGUGUAUCUUGGAAAUGAUCACCUGUGAGUACCCGUAUAGUGAAUGCAAAAAUCCGGCGCAGAUAUAUAAGAAAGUUACCUCUGGUGUAAAGCCUGCUGCUCUUGCUAAAGUGAAUGAUCCUGAAGUGAAGCAAUUUAUAGAAAAGUGUUUAGUUCCAGCAUCUAUAAGAUUGCCUGCAUCUGAAUUGCUGAAAGACCCAUUCCUCGCAACUGGAAACACAAAGAUCUAUCAUGAUACCCCGCUGCUGCUUAGUCCCCCCAUCAAAUCAAUGAAUCCACCAGCAUGUGAGCCCCAUCCCAUGGAGAUAGAUUCAAACCCCGGGCAUACACCACCUGGCUCCUCUGUGGAAGGGAUUAAAGAAACUUCCCAAGUUUCAAUACUUGAUCUCCAUAGGAAGACAGAGAACAAUGAAUUUUGGUUAAGAGGGGAGAAGAAUGCCGAUCGUACAAUUUCACUUACACUACGAAUUGCUGAUUCUGAUGGUGGAGUUAGGAAUAUCCAUUUUCCAUUUUAUAUCGAUUCCGACACCACAAUUUCAAUUGCCGAGGAAAUGGUGGAACAUCUGGAACUCAAGGAUGAGGAUGUAGCUGUCAUUGCUGAGCUUAUACACAACAUGAUUUUCGAGCUUGUGCCUGACUGGAAACCCGUGUGUAAUAACCUCUCAUCUGGAACAGAUAAUUUGUACAGGCCUUCGGAAGCUCAGAAUGAUGGACAGUUAAACUGCCAUUGGACAUUGGGAUCAGAUGGUUUUGAUAUGAAGGCAAUGUAUGAGGAUUUAGAUCAGUCACAGCGUGAUGGGGAAGAUCAGGACAAACAAGAAUCUGUUACAUCAGAUAUUUCAGCUGAGUAUGGGGUUGCAAUUGCCACUGAUUCUGGAGGUAUAGAGCCUGAUUGUUUUAUUCUUCAUGAAUGUUGCAAGGGGUCCAAUGGUUUAAAUUCCAAUUCAGAUGUCAGGAUUUAUGGUCAAGAAGACGGAAACAAUAAUCAAUCAGAGAACUCAAUCUCAAGUUACAUGUCAAGCAAAUGUUCUCUUGACAAUGAUCAUUUAAACGGGCUACAGUUGGAGCUUGAAGCAAUUGAAACCCAGUAUCAGCAAAGUUUUCGUGAGCUUUUGAAGAUGAGGGAGGAUGCCAUAGAAAAUGCGAAAAAGAGAUGGAUUUCAAAGAAGAAUACAUAGUUAUAUGAUGCAUUAGGGCGAUUUUCUGAUAUUCUUUGGUGAUUUUAUUUGUUGAUUUUUUUUGGUUGAUAUUUUUUAAAUUUCUCAAUCCGUCCGCCUAUAUUUUCAAAUCUGUCAAAAAUGCAUUACCGGAAACUUCCGGUAAACUUAGGGGGGCGGAUUGAGCAAUCUGGUAUUUUGGUUAUUGAUUUACAUUAGUUGAUUUCUGGCUGCUUUUUUAUCAAUUGCUUUGAAAUUCCUUUGAUGGAUUUUGUUUUUGGUUGCAACUGGCCUUGUGAUGUUGACAUUACUUUAUAUGAAUGAUGAUGACGAAUAAACUAUAUUUUGCCA